GCCAGACUUCGUAUGCCUAAGGAGCAACUGGAGCUUUUAAAGAAGGAAAGCCAGACUUUGGAGAGCAAUUUUCGUGAAAUUCUGGUUUUAAUUGAACAAAUAGAUGUUCUGAAGGCAUUGCUGAGAGACAUGAAGGAUGGCAUGCACAGUAACAGUCGGCCUGUCCACAGAGAUGCCACGCAAGACCAGCACAGCCCCGACGUGCUGGAUGAGGAAAUGUCAAACUUGGUGCAUUAUGUACUUAAAAAGUUGAGGGAGGACCAGGUACAAAUGGCGGAUUAUGCCCUGAAGUCAGCCGGAGCCUCCAUCAUUGAAGCAAAGACCUCAGAAAGUUACAGGAAUAAUAAGGCAAAACUGUAUUGGCAUGGAAUAGUGUUCCUAAAUUAUGAGAUGCCUCCAGACAUUAUUCUUCAGCCAGAUGUUCAUCCUGGAAAGUGCUGGGCCUUUGCAGGUGCUCAGGGUCAUGUUCUAAUCAAGCUUGCCAGGAAGAUCCAACCAACCGCAGUCACCAUGGAGCACAUCUCAGAAAAGGUGUCGCCCUCGGGAAACACCUCCAGUGCACCCAAGGAGUUUUCUGUCUAUGGCGUUCUGAGAAAGUGUGAUGGAGAAGAAGUGUUCCUUGGUCAGUUUACAUAUAACAGAACCGAAACAACUGUUCAAACAUUUCAACUACAGCAUGAAGUUUCUGAAUCUUUAUUAUGUGUGAAACUUGACAUUCUUAGCAACUGGGGACAUCCAGAGUAUACUUGCUUAUACCGAUUCAGGGUCCACGGCAUCCCCAGUGAUCACACCUAG